AUGAAUAAUAUCCGCGCCAUCGAAAAGCUGAACCGGCGAGAGCUGGAAGCUGGCAUUGUAUGUUUUAGCCCUGAACUCCUGGGAACCCAAGUCUCCAACUGCCUGCUAACUUGGCCAAAGCCAUUAUCUGCCUCCUGGCAUACUGACUGGUCCGACACUGCAUAUGUUUACAUCGGCGGUCUUCCGUACGAGCUCAGCGAGGGUGAUAUAAUCACAAUAUUCUCCCAAUUCGGCGAACCCGUUCACCUCAAUCUCGUUCGUGACAAGGACACUGGAAAGAGCAAAGGGUUCGCUUUUCUCAAAUACGAAGACCAACGGAGUACAAAUCUUGCGGUAGACAACUUAGGUGGGGCUACGAUUCUCGGAAGGACGAUUCGGGUGGACCAUACCAGAUACAAGCCAAAGGAAGGGGAAUUAGAGGAGCUUUUGGGCCAGGGUUUAGGGCCGAGGGAGCGAGACAAUGAGGAGAGCGAGCACGACAGCAAGAGAAGAAAGGGCAAGGAGAGGGAAGAGACGCCAGCGCGGGAGAUGCUUCCGGAGGAGAUUGAACUACAGAAGUUAAUAUGGGAUCACGAUGAGGACGAUCCAAUGAAGGAAUACCUUGUGAGGCAAAAGAAAGAGGAGGUCGAGCUGGCCCUUCAGAAGCUGAAGAGGGAGAAGAAGCCCUCGCGCCAUCGGCGCGAUGGUGACAGCAAAAGAGAUCACCGGCACUUCCAUAGGCGCAGAAGCCGUUCAAAGGAAAGAUCUAGACGGCCUAGAUCUCAUUCCAAGGAGCGAACGCACAGGGAGAGAGCUUCCAACGAGCCAAGCAAUCCUCGAGAAAAGGACAGGGGUAGUCGAAGGGAAACAGAUCGUGAUAGAGAUAGUGGCAGAGGCAAGGACAAAGAUAGGGAUAGGGAUAGGGAGGGGAACAGUAGACUGGAAAAGGAGCGAGGCCGGGACGGACGUCACGGAGAUAGUGGACGUUCUUUCAGAAGGGAGGGGCACCGGCACGAUGAU